GCGUCGUGCGUGCGGAGAUCGUUAAGGGGAGAUGGCUGCCUAAACUGGAAAAAGGCAAUAUCAUGACGGUUGUUCAGCUGAUAUCCCGUCGCUUUCCUGCGAGAAUUUUCACCCUGAGAGGUUCUCUUUGUCCAUGGGUGUGUCCCGCUUGCAGGUUGUGGAUGGUUCCAAAGAAACACCUGGCACGGCCCAGAAAUCCACAGUAUCUGCUCACAUCCCUGGGCUUGAGGCCUUUUAGUUCAUCCCCGAUAGCCUACAAGUUACACAGCAGAGAUGUGAAAGAGAUGCAGUCGGCCAGCUCCUCUGAAGCAGCGCAUAAAGAGGAAGAGGAGUCUUAUACAGAUGAAGACUUUGGGACGUUGUCUCAGAAAUUUUCUUCUAGGAAGUUUUUCCGUAAAGCUACAGAAGGAUUUCACAACUUAGAGCUCCAAGCCCUGGGUGGGGAGGAGGAGGAAGAGCUGGAACCAAAGCCCAGACGUGGUCGCAGGAACACUCCGUAUUGGUAUUUUUUACAGUGCAAGGCAUUGAUAAAGGAAGAUAAGCUGGCAGAAGCCCUGGACCUCUUUGAGACACAGAUGCUGAAGGAGGAGCGUCUCCAGCCAGAAGAGAGCAACUACACAGUACUGAUUGGUGGCUGCGGCAGGGUUGGCUACGUGAAGAAGGCAUUCAGGCUAUAUAAUGAUAUGAAAAAGCGAGGCUUGACUCCUACUGAAGCCACAUACACAGCCCUGUUUAAUGCCUGUGCAGAGUCGCCCUGGAAAGACUCAGGCCUGCAAAGUGCACUUAAGUUACGAGAACAGCUACGGAAGGAAAACGUGGAGCUGAAUCUUAUUGCAUACCAUGCUCUGCUGAAAGUCUGUGCCCUCUGUUCGGAUCUCCACAUGUGCUUUGACGUAUUUAAGGAAAUUGUCCAUAAAGGCCACAGGGUCACCUCAGAAACUUUCAACUUCCUGCUCAUGGGAUGCAUAAAAGACAAAGAGAAUGGGUUCCGAUAUGCCUUGCAGGUUUGGCAGCAGAUGCUAAAACUGAACAUAAAACCUGAUGGUUACAGUUACAACUUGAUGCUCAGUGCUGCCAGAGACUGUGGCAUCGGGGACCCUCUUGUGGCUUCUGAUUUGUUGCUAAGACCAUCAGCGCAAAGCCCAGCUGUCCUGAGGCUGGAGUCCACUGGGAAGCGCCAGAAAGUAAAGGGUCAGAAAGGGGGAAAAGGAGACGCUGGAGCUGCAGUACAGUUGGAUGUGGAAAUACUGGAAAAACGCAUGUUCCCAGAAAAUUACGGGAAAGCCGACAAGCGAAACAGAAGCGUGAGCAAGGAUUGUACAAAGGCAGAGGCAGGGGGUCUCUCUAAUCCUUCCGAUUCCAUUACAACCAGGGAAUUGGUGAUCUCGGAUAAAAGCCGGUUGGCUCCAGAUUCUACAGACGUGGACGUGGGCUGUUUUUCCGAGGCCACCUGCAACUUCCCCAACUUGCUGGACUUGGACACGCCGAACAAAAACGUGAUUUCCUUAGGGACUGUGGCGACGCCCUCUGAUAGACUAGCUCUGAUGGGGAACAUGGAGGGUUUCUUGAAGAAAAUGAAGGACAACGACGUACCAGCCAAUAUCAAAACUUUCACACUGCUAGCUGAGUUGGUGCAGCCCAACAGUCCGUCAGAGUCUUCCUUAUUGGCUACGAUGGAGGAGAACAAUUUGAAACCGGAUCUAACGUUUUUUAAUACCCUAUUAAGGAAAAAGAGCAAGCGAGCAGAUCUGGUGGGAGCAAAGAGCCUGCUGCCCAUCCUGCUAAAGGAAGGACUAUCUCCCAAUCUACAGACAUUUUGUAAUUUAGCAAUAGCCUGCCGUAAAAGUACCGAUGGACUGCAGCUACUCUCAGACAUGAAGCGGUCAGGACUAAAUCCCAAUGUGCACAUCUACAGUACACUUAUCAAUGCAGCCGUGAAGAGACUAAACUACACCUACCUUAUAGAGAUCCUAAAGGAUAUGAGAAAUAAUCAGGUUCCUCCAAAUGAAGUUGUCCUACGUCAGCUGGAGUUUGCAGCUCAGUAUCCUCCUCAGUUUGAUAGGUACAAAACAAAGGACUAUUAUCUGGAGAAAAUAGAUGGCUUUCGAGCCUACUACUCCCGCUGGCUGAAGUGGAUGGCAGCAGAAGAAACGCCACACCCUUGGGCAAAAUACCAAAUUCCUAAGCAGUCACAAAGCAAAGAUAAUACAGAAGAUGCACAAACCCAUAGUAGACAUAUGGGACAGCGCAAUAAUAAAGCAAAUUACUCCUAG